AUGAAAUUACUGGGUGCCAUUAUUCUGACUCUUCUCGCAGUGGAGUGUUGGGGAACGCGAGUACAGUCAAGUAAAAAAAAAAAGGAAGUAGCAGCCGAUCAAACAGCUGCCUCAUCAUUCUGGAGCCCUGCGAUAAAGACAGGCAAUAUCUUCAGCCAAGAUGACAAUUCGAACUUCUUCUCCGCCGGUCACGGAUUGGUGCAAACCCACCCGAUAUCCAGCACCUUCCAGAGUGGGUUCGGUGGAAUCGACGAUUUGGGAACCCGUGGAGCCACCGUACGGCCACCUCGGACGCGCCCUCUGGACUACAGUGAGCGCGCAACCGCGGAACUGCGCAGGAACCCUUCCUUGUCAGCUCCUGAUGAAUGCGCACGUGCCUGUCGUGAGGGAGAACCACCCAGAAUCUGCUACUACCAUUUCACGCUAGAGUACUACUCAGUUUUGGGCGCUGCCUGUCAAGUCUGCACCCCGAAUGCAACCAAUACUGUCUGGAGUCACUGUCAGUGUGUUUUGGCUGAUGGAGUCGAACGAGGAAUCCUUACGGCCAACCGGAUGAUUCCUGGACCCAGUAUACAGGUCUGCGAAGGAGACAAAGUAGUGGUUGACGUAGAAAACCACAUGCAGGGAAUGGAAGCGACUAUCCACUGGCACGGAGUCUGGCAGCGUGGAAGCCAGUACUACGACGGAGUACCUUACGUGACCCAGUGUCCUAUCCAGGAGGGAAACACUUUCCGGUACCAAUGGACGGCAGGAAACGCAGGAACCCACUUCUGGCACGCCCACACUGGACUCCAGAAGAUUGACGGUCUCUAUGGAAGCGUAAUUGUCCGUCAACCACCCAGCAAGGACCCCAACAGCAACUUGUACGACUACGACUUGACCACCCACGUGGUUUUGAUCAGUGACUGGAUGCACGAAGACGCAGCUGAAAGGUUCCCCGGAAGACUGGCAGUCAACACUGGCCAGGACCCCGAAACCGUUUUGAUCAACGGAAAGGGUCAGUUCAGGGACCCCAACACCGGAUUCAUGACCAACACACCUCUAGAAGUAUUCACUGUGACUCCUGGACGCAGGUACAGGUUCCGAUUGAUCAACUCCUUUGGAAGUGUUUGUCCAGCUCAGAUCACCUUCCAAGGUCAUGAACUCACUUUGAUUGCUACUGAUGGUGAACCUGUUCAACCAGUCCAGGUCAACACAAUCAUCUCCUUCUCUGGAGAGCGUUACGACUUCGUAAUCAACGCAGACCAACCAGUCGGCGCGUAUUGGAUCCAACUCCGUGGAUUAGGAGAAUGUGGAAUAAAACGAGCUCAGCAAUUAGGAGUGCUUAGAUACGCGAGAGGACCUUACCAACCAGCCAGCCAGCCACCAACUUACGACCUAGGUCUUCCUCAAGGAGUAGUCCUGAACCCGCUUGACGCAAUCUGUAACAUGCCGCGUGACGACGCCGUGUGUGUAAACCAACUUAAGAACGCCAAGCCAAUCGACGAAGGAAUCUUGCAAGCCAGACCUGAUGUCAAGAUCUUCCUGCCCUUCAGAUUCUUGUUCUACAGACCUGAAGAAGUCUUCCAACCCAACACCUACAACAGGUUCUUGGUAGCGCCCACAGGGGACCAUGUAAUCUCGCUGGUCGAUGAAAUUUCCUUCACCUUCCCUCCAGCACCUCCACUGUCCCAAAUUGAUGACAUCCCACCAGAACAAUUCUGUAACGGAGACAACAGACCUGCUGAUUGUGGAGCUAACUGCAUGUGCACGCACAAGGUUGAUAUUCCUCACAACGCUAUCGUAGAAGUCGUUCUGGUUGAUGAAGUCCAGCAGCCCAAUCUCUCGCAUCCGUUCCAUCUUCACGGAUAUGCUUUCAAUGUUGUGGGAAUGGGAAGGUCGCCUGAUAAGAAUGUCAAGAAAAUCAACUUGAAACACGCACUGGAUCUUGAUAGACGUGGGCUUCUUCACAGGGAGUUUAAUUUGCCGCCUUCUAAGGAUACUAUUGCUGUGCCGAACAAUGGAUAUGUUGUCUUCAGAUUCCGAGCUGAUAAUCCUGGAUACUGGCUGUUCCACUGUCACUUCUUGUUCCACAUCGUGAUCGGGAUGAACCUGGUGCUUCAUGUGGGUACCCACGCAGAUUUACCACCAGUACCACCAAACUUCCCGACCUGCGGUGACCAUUUACCACCGAUAACGCCGCCACUUGCUCUGGAUAGUCCCUUCCAUUGA